AUGGGCCUGGCCAGGGCCCUGCGCCGCUUGAGCGGCGCCCUUGAGUCGGGGGACAGCCGGGCUGACGAUGAGGAGGCAGCGGGGCCCGGGCUAUGCCGCAACGGGUGGGCGCCGGCGGGGUCCCCGGUGGGCCGGCGCCGCGGGCGCUUCGUCAAGAAAGACGGGCACUGCAACGUGCGCUUCGUGAACCUGGGCGGCCAGGGGGCGCGUUACCUGAGCGACCUGUUCACCACGUGCGUGGACGUGCGCUGGCGCUGGAUGUGCCUGCUCUUCUCCUGCUCCUUCCUCGCCUCCUGGCUGCUCUUCGGCCUGGCCUUCUGGCUCAUCGCCUCCCUGCACGGCGACCUGGCCGCGCCUCCACCGCCCGCGCCCUGCUUCUCGCAGGUGGCCAGCUUCCUGGCCGCCUUCCUCUUCGCGCUGGAGACGCAGACGUCCAUCGGCUACGGCGUGCGCAGCGUCACCGAGGAGUGCCCGGCCGCCGUGGCCGCCGUCGUGCUGCAGUGCAUCGCCGGCUGCGUGCUCGAUGCCUUCGUCGUGGGCGCCGUCAUGGCCAAGAUGGCCAAGCCCAAGAAGCGCAACGAGACUCUCGUCUUCAGCGAGAACGCCGUCGUGGCGCUGCGCGACCACCGCCUCUGCCUCAUGUGGCGCGUGGGCAACCUGCGCCGCAGCCACCUCGUCGAGGCCCACGUGCGGGCCCAGCUGCUGCAGCCCCGUGUGACCCCCGAGGGUGAAUACAUCCCGUUGGACCACCAGGACGUGGAUGUGGGCUUCGACGGCGGCACUGACCGCAUCUUCCUCGUGUCUCCCAUCACCAUUGUGCACGAGAUCGACUCCGCCAGCCCCCUGUACGAGUUUGGCCGUGCGGAGCUGGCCCGGGCUGACUUCGAGCUGGUGGUCAUCCUCGAAGGCAUGGUGGAAGCCACAGCCAUGACCACACAGUGCCGCUCGUCCUACCUCCCUGGCGAGCUGCUCUGGGGCCACCGUUUCGAGCCGGUCCUCUUCCAGCGUGGCUCCCAGUACGAGGUGGACUAUCGCCACUUCCAUCGCACUUAUGAAGUGCCGGGGACACCUGUCUGCAGCGCCAAGGAGCUGGACCAACGGGCAGAGCAGGCGUCCCACAGCCCCAAGCUAAGCUUCCCUGGCUCUCUGGCUGCAUUUUGUUAUGAGAAUGAACUUGCUCUGAGCUGCUGCCAGGAGGAAGAAGAUGAGGAGGAGGCCAAGGAGGGGGAUGGAGCAGAGGCCGAAGAUGGAGCUGCCACCCCCUGA